AUGGCGGUGGGCUCCCUCGUGGACACCAGACCCGCUCUGAGAAAGGCGCGCCCCCAGAGAUGCGGACGGGGCGGGCAGACCCAGGAAGCUGUCAGAAAAGCCGCCAUCUCCGGGCAGAGGCCCUGGAGGAGGCGGCCCAGGAAAACAGCCUGGAGCCCACACGGCCCGGCCCGUCAGCAGGGGCCGGGGGCGGGGCGGGGGCGGGGCGGGGGUCGGUUCUCGCUUCGCCACGGGGGCGGCCUCCGCUGCCCCUCCUUCAGCCCCAGGCCCGCCGAGAGGGGAGCGCAGACAGCCACCCCGCCCGGCACCCAGGGGGCCCCAGCCUCACGCAUCCGGAAGCCGUGCGCAAAGUCCCGACUCGCGCCACCCCGGCCUCUCCGCUCCGUCUCUGCAACUUCCUGGGAGUCUGUGAUUUCAAAAGGUUUUAAAAAUCACCAAUUAUCACUUCAAUCCGUGUCUCUCAGCGCUCCGCACUUCGCCUCUCUGAGCCCCGAUCCCUCUGCCACGAAAGUGGGGGCGAUUGCCUUGGCCCCGGGGCUGUUUUCCGCCUCUGAGUGGCCCCUGCAGAAGGCUCGGGGCUAUACUGCUCAUGAGUCGUUCCCAGGUACCGGGCGAGGUCCAGCGGGUGGGGACGCCAUCACACUUCCGGUCCCCAGUACGGGCUUCUGCCAGCUGACACCCUGGCCCUCGGCACAGACAAUGCCGCCAGGAAUCGCUGGGCUCCGGAAUGGCUCAGUGCACGUGGCCAGGCCACGCUGGUGCCUGGGCCUGCGGUACCUUCAGUGCUGCGCCCCCUGCCUCGUAGUGCUGGCAAUUAGAGGGGUGUACUUCCGGGUCCUGAUGUGCUUCCGGGUCCUGGUACACCCCAUGACUCUCAGGUGA